AAAAUAAUUGGACCUCUCGCGAUGUUUUCCUCAGUAAUCACGUGGUGUGGUUGUUACCCCACGCUCUGACGGGAAACAUGGCUGCGCUCUUGAGAUCAGCCCGGUUACUUAAGUUUUCGCCUUCGGGCCUGCUUCAGAUCGUCGGGACCAAAAGGAACGGACCGCCGCUGGGUCGGCUCUACAGCGGAGCGGUCGGAGGCAGAAAACCCGGAGUUUGCUCCCCACAGAUCAGCCCUGCUUCUGACAAUGUGUCCAGUCGCGUGUGGCCGUACGCCGCGGGCUGUGUGCGUACCUACGCUGUGGCCACAGAGCACAAGGAUGAGGCCAGCGCUGCGGUGCGCUCCAAGCAGGCGCAGCAGUUUGACUGGGCCCUGACCAAACUGGACACCUCUGUGAGGAGGACCGGCCGCAUCACAAAGACAUUGCUCCUCCGUAUCUUCCAUGAUAUCUGCAGAACAGGUUAUCCCAGUGGUAAUCAGGCCUUGUUGCUGCUGCGUAGUUGUGGGUCUCUGCUGCCGGAAGUGUCUCUGGAGGAGCGCACAGAGCUGGCACACCGUGUGUGGGAGAGGCUGCUGGAGCUGCGAGCACAGUAUGAUGUCAGCCACUACAAUGCCUUACUGAAGGUCUACCUGCAGAAUGAGUUUAAGUUCUCCCCCACUGAGUUCCUGGCCAAAAUGGAAGGAGCUAACGUACAGCCCAACAGAGUAACCUACCAGAGACUCAUCGCAGCUUACUGCCAAAAUGGAGAUAUUGAGGGAGCCAGCACCAUCUUGGGUUUCAUGAAGAGCAAAGACCUGCCUAUCACCGAGGCGGUGUUCAGCUCUCUGAUCACAGGCCAUGCCCGUGCGGGUGACAUCGACAGUGCAGCCAACAUCCUGCCUGUGAUGCGCGGGGCGGGAAUCGAACCGAGCCCCGACACUUAUGUGUCCCUGUUGAACGCCUACGCCGAGAAGGGAGACCUGGCCAAUAUGAUGAAGACCCUGGAAGCAGCAGAGAGUGCCGACUGCGGCCUGAUGGACAGGGACAUCAUGCAGGUCAUCUUCACUCUGGCUAAGGCUGGACAGCAGCAGCUGGUCCCAGAGAUGGUGGAGCGCCUGAGGCAUGAGCGGGGUUAUGUACCAGAUGCCAUGAACUUGUGUCUAAGCCUCAUCACUCAGGGGCACGACGAAACAGCCUUCAGCAUCCUGAAGACUUUCCCCACCCUGCAGUCUGAAAGCAACGAUUCCUCCAACUUGGGCAACUUCUUCCUCAGACACUGCAUCAACGUGGGCACGUCACUGGAGAGGGUCGUCCACUACUGCAAAGAUCUUGAGGAGAUGAAUCUGCACACCGCUCCUCUCACCUUCGCCCUGUCGUGUGCCCUGGAGGCCAAAAAGAUCGGCGCAUCCUUAGAACUGAUGAAGUUACAGAAAGAGCAGAACCUGCCCAUCAGACCUCAUUACUUCUGGCCUCUUUUGACACAGCCGGCAAAAGAGAAGAACGUAGCCGGUGUGAUGGAGGUGCUGAAAGGCAUGCAGGAGCUUGGUGUGUCCCCUGAUGUGGAGACCUUAUCCAACUACAUCCUUCCAGUCUUUCCCAACAUCGACGAGGCUCGGAAAGCCCUCAAGGAUUGCGGCAUCCCUCUGGAAUCGGAGGGUUUUUUGUGCUCAGAGGUUCGCUCAGUGGCUGGGAGCGACCUGGCCACACUGUACACCAUGUUGUCGGACCCCUCUUUCCCCUCACUGGACCUCAGCGCUUUCCGCAGCACUCUCAUCAUCGGCUUCAAAAAGUCCUCUGACGUGGAGAGCAUGGUGAAGAUUACCGAGCUCUUGUUCAAAGAUGAGCGUUUCUCCAAAGCAAGCUCUAAGCCUGCUGAGGCUACAUCCUACUUCCUGUACAAUCUGAUCGACAGCAUGUCAGAUGGGCAGGUGCAGGCACAGGAAGACAAACUGAGGAGUUUCUUCAAUGGGCUGCACUCUCAGAAUGUUACAAUAUCUCUCAACAUCUUCAGAGGAAUUAAGAAUCUUCUGGAGGCUCAACACGUCCCCGAGCUCAUUAAGGAUGUGAUCGUUUUAGUGGACUCUAAAGAGCGAGCGUCCGGCGCCUCUUUGGCUUCAGCCCCUCGUGCCGCCGGAAUUGAAGGGAAACUGUUGGCCCUUGAGAGCAAAUUGGCUGAGCUGAAAGCAGAAAACAAACCCUUAGGCUCUGUUCUAAGGCAAAUCAUCCAAACCUUGGCUCUGGAGGAGAACCUGCAGCGCGCCCUGGAGCUGAAGCAGCAGCACGAAGAGGAGGUGACAGCCGGCGGCUACGCGACCCUCAUCAACCUGUGCUGUCGCCACAACAAUGUGGAGGAGGCGCUCAACCUGAAGAGGGAGAUGAGCCGAAAGGACUCAUCAGUGGCGCUCGAUGCAAAUAAAUACAUCGCCCUGGUGAAGACUCUGUCCCUAAACGACAGAGUGGAAGAGGCAGUGGACAUCCUGAAGGAGAUGAAGGAGAAGGACGUGGCGCUGGGCGACUCUCAGGUCACCGCCGUCUUUCACAUGCUCAACGGCGUGGCGGCCAAAGGCGGCGUGCCCGCCGUCCGCCGGCUGCAGGACACCAUCUUCUCCCUGGGACUGGCCAAGCCCACCGCCAACCUCUGCUCGCCCGUCAUCACUGCCUACCUGAACAGCGACGACGUGUCGGGCGCUCUGGAUGCAGCCCUGGAGUGCCAGAAGCUCUACAGCCACCUGCCGCGCAUCCACGACAUCAUCGUCGCCCUGGUGGAGAAAGGAGACACCGACUUACUGCAGAAAGCUAUGGACUUCAUCAGCCAGGAGAGAGGAGAGAUGAUCAUGCUGUAUGAUCUGUUCUUCGCCUUCCUGCAGACAGGCCGCUACCGUGAAGCCCGAAAGAUCAUUGAGACCCCGGGGGUCAGGGCAAAGCCUGGACGCCUGCAAUGGUUCGCCGACAAAUGCAUUUACAACAACCAGAUGGAGCCCCUGGAGCAGAUGGUGGACAUGACGACCAAGCUUUUCGAGUGCGAUAGGGACGAGAUGUACAGCUACAUGCUCAAGCUCUGCAAGGAGACCAACGACUUCAAGAAGGCAGAAGCCAUUUGGACAAAAAUGCAAGAGGAGAAUGUGAUUCCCAGGGAGAGAACUCUGCGUUUGCUGGCGGAUAUUCUGAAGAACAAUGGCCAGGAUGUGCCUUUUGAUGUGCCUGAGACCUGGUACGGACAAGCCGCCACCAAGCCGCCGGCCAAGUCCCCAGCGGCCCCCCCGACAGCAGUAGGUGGGGCUGAUUACCAGAGCCGUCUGCUGGCCCUCUGUAAGAAGGGCAAAGCGAAAGAAGCCCUUGGGGUGCUCAAGGAAGCAGAAAAAAUGGGCGUGGCUCUGAACCCCUCCCCUUACGACCAGCUGAUGCGUGCACUGUUGGCUGAGGGAGCCAUUGAGGAUGCGUUUGUCGUCAAGGGAAUUGCUGAGUCUCGUGUGCCAGGCUUCAAGCUGAGCGACAUCGCCAACAGUUUGCUCAUCAUCUCCUACAGCAAGAAAGGCCAGGUCAAAGAUGCUCUAGAGAAACUGAAGUCUAUGAUCCAGGUGGAUCACGUGCCCUCGAACCUUGCCAUCACCCGACUGGUUCAGGCCCUGGGGAGCACCGGCGAUAUCGCUGGCAUUCAGGAGGUGGAGUCCCUAAUAAAGAGCCUCGGCACAACCCUCAGCCUGUCCAGCAUGGUGUUCAUCAACAACUCAGUCCUCGCACACAUCAAAAACGGGCAGGUGGACACAGCCGUAGAGCUGCUGGACGGACUGUACACGAGUCCGGACAGCACAAACCCCAGCAUGUCCUUCGUCUUCAGAAAGGUCCUGGAGUCCGGCGACGACAAAGUCCUAGACAAACUAAGUGUGAUGGCCGAGCGGCUGGCCAACCACUUCGCCUGCUACAGGCCGGCCUCGGACCUCUUCCUCCAGCUGCUGGACAUCGACAAAGUGGAGGACGCCAAAUUCAUGCUGGCUCGCUGCAACGCUGUGGCAGAGCAGAAGGACGUGUUGCUGUCCUUCGUGUCUCAAAAGGCUCAGAGUCCCGGACAGAUUGGGAAGAUCAAGAACCUGCUGAGCCUGAUUCCAGACUUUGCGGAGAAGGAGGUGGUGUACGCGUACCUGAUGAAGUGUCACGUUCUGGAUAAGGACUUAACUUCUGCCAAGGCUCUGCAUGAGCAGAUGCAGAAGGAGGGACUCGCUGUCGACGAGCUGUCACUCAAACGGCUGGCUGCCCUUUACCGCGAAGCGGGAGAAGCCGCCCCCUUCACUGAGCCCCCAGAAUCAUUUAAGUUUUAUGCAAACAAGCUGAAGGAGAAAGUUGCUAAAGGCCAGGCGUGAAGAGUGAAGUCUCCCCUCACACCUCCACGCAAAUCCCACGUACCUCUUUCUGUUUUUUAUAUUAAGUUGUCCAAGCUGAAAUGUUGAGAAUUGUCUUGUUACUGUUGGAUCUUUAGACUCUGUCCACUGCAAUGUCGCUAAUUUCCAUGAAGAUGUUGAGAAUGUACAGAAGUAUUUAUGCAAAUAAAUGAUGAUGGGUAACGACAACUACGAGUUCUCCCC